AUGAACAACUCAAAGAUCAUGUCUAGCCAUAGUUGGUUAGAAGCAACUGAUUAAAACUCCCUAGGGUGUAAAGCAGAUGAUUAUUUUAGAGAUGUCUCCUAUUAUAUUGACUUAUAAAAUUUAUAUAAGAUUGUUGAUACUUGCUACUACAGUGAGCAAAUGUAAAAUAUACCAGUUCUUGUGCAGAUAAUGCAAGAAAAGGUCAGAAAAGCGUUUGGAGGUGCAGAAUAUUUGCUUUAAGUUUGGAAAAAAAUUAAAGUUUGGAAUGUUACCUUUGAUUAUCUUCUAUUCAUAGAGGAAGGCUCUCCAGAUGUUUUAAACAUUUUUUUUCUGUUAGUUGACAAUAAGGUAGUCUCCAAAGUCAAAGGCUUCAAAGAUCCUUAGAACAUCAAAAGUUGCUUGCUUCAUCUUAACUAUUUGGUCAUCAUCUACAAUGAUAAUAAGAUAGUUUUCUAUUCUAAUGUCACCCCAGAAGUGAAUGCUUACAAGCCUGAGAUUGAUUUGGGCAGUAUAGAAGGUUUAAUGUCAGAAACUUAUCAAUGUGAGUUACCAAUAAAAAGUGUCAUACCGAUGAACUUUUAUCGUGUUCCUGACUACUCUAGUUACUUUCAAAUGAUUGUUGCAUUUGAAACAAAGGAUAACUUGCUAGACUUUAACUAUCUAGAUGUCUCUUAGGAGCCUGAAAAUCUUUCUAAGUUCAUUAUAAGAGUUAGUCAGGCAAGAGAUUUAUUUCCAAGACCUGUCGGUUACAGCUAUGACCCUAUUGACUAGUGCAGCUUCAGAGUAAUGAAUAAAAACUUUAGUGGCUCGAAUGAAAGUCUGCUAUAUGCUAUAGCUAAGAGAAAUUCUGGGAUGGUAGACAUAUAUUUCAACAUGAUUUUUAAACAGCAAAUACCUGAGAUGCAUUUCACUGAAGUUGGAAUGAGCGAUCACACAUUUUAUUUCAGGAGUCUUGAUGACAAAUAUUUCAGCCUUAAGCACUAAGAUAUAUCAGUCCUCUCUUUCGAACAAGCAGAAGAGAUUCCAGAGAGGGACAAUUUUAACAUGAGCGUCAUCCCCUUGAAAAUUUCAGAAAGAUAUGCAAAAUUAUUCUCUUCCUUCCAUAUGAUUAUGGUUGGAACUCAAACUAUUUGCUUUAUUGCACAUUAAAACUUUGUUUCUGCCUUCGAUCUCAUUGCUUGGCGGUGGGUUAAUCAUAUAUAGUUUGAAUCAAAUAUUACUCAGCUAUUCUUCCAAAAACCUCUUUAUCAAAACGACUACAAGUCUUGCGUUUUCCUUGAAAGUUUGGCAGUCUACACAGAUAUUUCGAAGUUUAUUGAUAGAUAGGAUAAAAUUAUCGAAGCAGAAAAAAAUAUGACUUUGCCAUUUGCUCCAGUAAAAUAUUUGGAAAUUGGAGACACAAAUGAUGAUAGUGAUGCUUAUCUAGUACUUCAUGAUGGUUUGAGCAGAGUCGUGAUUUUUAAUGAGAUGUAAAUGAUUGAGCAUGAUACAAAGUUAAAAGAUAAGUAUUAUCUUGAAAUCGUAUAAUUGUAGACUCCUAAAUCAAACAGAUCAGAUGGAUAUAAAUUGGUUGUCUACUGUUACUUCAAAUUCUACCUCUAUAACUUAACAAAAACUGAUAAAGUAAUCUUUACGAAGAUCUAAGACAUCAAUGUUUAGAAUGACUAGGGACACUAUCUAAGCGAAUAUCAUUCAGCCUUUUCUCUCGAUGUUGCUAACCAUAUUAUUCUGUUCAACAAGCAAGAUGCUCUUAUACUAGAUCUUAAAUAAAAGAAAACCAGUAAGGCUGCAGAAGUUAACUGCUAAGGAUUUAUCUUAUUCAACAGAUUUAUUAAUUAUGCACUAUGCCUUGAAUCAACUAACUCCACUUAAAGAGGACUUAAAAUGAUUGAUACCAUAUCACUUUCAUAGACUAAUGAAAUAAAAAUGCUUCUCUUAAAGGAAGAAGACAUUGGAGCUUAUACAAAUAUCUACUUUGACUCAGAUAUUUCUAGAAUUUGCUUCAUGAAAUCUGUUCAAAGUAUCAUUGUCUUACCAUAUCUUCAUACAAACAUCAACAAAUUCAUGGGGAUGGGUGAUCUUAGUGAAUACAUAUUCCAUAAAGUAAUUGAUCACAAACUGAUAGCACUCAGAUAGAAAGGUGAAUUAGUGACAUGGGAUGUAGCAAAUGGAAAAUACCUCUGUUCUUAUGAAUUGGCUGAUCACGAUUACACUAACUUUACAAAAUUUACUUUAAGCAAAGAUCGAGCAAUAAUGUUCUCGAAUGAGGACGAGAAAAAUUAUGAUGAUACACAGUUUUUCACCAGUAUUUAACUCGCUACUUCAUUCAAAGGCUAAAUUCCAGUAAUUGAAGCCAGUACUCAUUCAUUCAAAAGAUUCUUACUGCUUGAUAUCAUUGACUCUAAAACAGUAAAGGUAAUGCUUGAUUUCGUAUUUCCCAAAUUUCAUGAAUAAAAAAUGUUCAUCAAUGAAUAAACUGAUAGAAUGAUAGUUCAGUUUGAAUUUCAAAGAAUAUUCAUAUACAAACUUAAAGAAAACUAUGAUAAUAAUAAUAAUAAUACUUUAGGUUCCAGUGCUCUUGGUGGAACCACUAUGCAGUGGGAACUUAUAAGAUAAAUUACAGACUAUCCUUAUUCUUUUGACAAUCCAAAUACAGUUGGAAAACUUGAACCUUUUACUAUUGAUUUCAAGCUUUAUAUAAGAUAUGCUAAGAAGAAUAAAAGAUUUCUACUUAAGUAUAGUGACACUGGAGAAAUUCAUUCAAUCAUCCCAGAGGAUCUAUUAUAUAUAAAUCCUAAUGAAACUCAAGUCUAACUUAUGAACAGAUUUAAGUGGAUAGAUUGUGAAAGCUUUAUAUUUACAGAUAUAGAGGGAUAUGAAAAAAUUGUUAGAAUAAGAGACUAUAGUGUGAUCGCUUAUAAUUAUAGACCUCUCUUCAACGAAAUUUCAGGAGAAGAAUGGAGAGAGUGGCCCUAUUAUGGAUUAAGAUGUGACCUAAAGCAAGAUAUCUUAUCUCGCUUGAAGAGAAUGUAUCAGAAGUACAAGACACUCUACUAUCUUCAUGGUUAUAGAGAUCAUCACUCUUUUUACAAGGAAUUAAUUACCGUUGACUAGCAUAACUUUGAAUAUUAUGAGCAUAGUUUCACAUUUUUGCAUUGGAGUUUGAUGGAUCAAAUGAAAAAGAAAAACAUAAAAUUAAAGCAAAUUCAACCAGAUAUGAUAGAAUUUAUGAUUUACAAUAUCUUGCCAGGAGGUAAUACAAUUUUACACAAACUUUUUGAGUCUCAAGAUAAGGUAGCAAAACUCUUUAAAACUUGCCAUACUUCAGAAUCAAUAGUAUAUCACAUACCUUUUCUACAAAAUUUCAAUUAAGCUUCACCAUUUGAUCUUAGUUUGGAGUUAAAUUAAAAAGACUUUAAGAGUGUUUUCUCAGUUCUUUAAUAUCUCGGUAUGUAUCCCAUUGACCACCAUUCUAGAGCUAUCAAAGGAUCACUUCAUGUUAUGGUAGAGUAAGAGUUCCCAGAAUUCCUAGAAUACUUAGAGACAAGAUUUAUUUAAACUCAUGUCAUGGAGGAGAUGGAUGAAGGUUAAAUAGAGAAUGAGAUUAUUACCAGUAGCGUUUGCAUGGAACGAUCUAAAGUCAAAUAAAGAAUGCUAAAUGCUACUCCUUCAGAAGCUAAAAUCCGUAUUUAACUAUUAGACAUUCCAGGCUCAUAUCAUUACUUAGAUCCAGAUUUCAUAAAAGUUUUUAAAGGAUUAGCGUAGGCAGAGACAUAUGAAAUUUUUGACAAUAGAGCAAUAAAAACAAUGAUUGACUUCAACUUUCCUAUUGUCAGAAAUUUCCUUUUAAUGUUCUUAAUUUUGCCCUUCACUCUAUUCCACAUUUCCUUUGUUGUUUACAUGAAUGUUAUCUAUGAAUACAGAAUUGUAGAUGAGGACUACAUCUUAGCUAAUUACAUCUUUGCCAUAUUCUAGCUAUGUAUGUGCGCCUAUUUCUUAUUCAAUGAAAUAAGAUAAAUUUACAACAUUGGACUACAGUAUCUCUAUUCUGUUUGGAAUUACAUAGAUUUAUUGGCUCCAACUGGAGUAGCGAUUUUGCAUGGAUUUUAAUUUGCUCAGUACAAUGGAGUAGAAAUCGACGUUGAUUUGAAUAGAUGUGUUCUAGCUAUCUCAACAUUUUUAAUGUGGCUUAAAUUCUUAUCAAGUCUUAGAAUUUUUAAGUAGACUGGUUACUUGAUCAGAAUGAUAGUUGAAGUUAUAUAUGAUAUGGGUAUUUUCUUGUUCGUUUUGCUCAUUACUGUUGCUGCUUUCGGAGACUCAUUCUUAAGAAUAUCAUGGGGUAAUGUAGAGGAAAAUUAAUUUACAUCAUCAUUUGUAUAUGCAGUACUUUUCGCUUAUUCUAUGAUUCUCGGAGGCUAUGACACCUCAGUAUUUGGAGAAGUAGCUGUUCCACUUGUAUGGAUAUUCUGGAUUCUUUGUACAAUCUUAGAUAUGAUUGUCAUGCUAAAUUUACUAAUUGCUAUCAUUUCCAGUACCUUUGAUAGAGUUAACGAAAAUCAAGAAUAAGCAAGUUAUUAAGAAAUGGCAUCUCUAAUAUCUGAGAAUCAUUAUCUAAUUCCAAAAAAGAUAAGAUAGGAUUAUGCUCAAAUGAAUGUUUAUCUUUUAACCGGAUAAGAUCUUGAAAAGAUUAAGGAGUUCAAAGAUCCAAUGGACGAAAGAUUUAACGUAUUAAAGGAAAGAGUUAACACUUUAUAGAAAAUUUUCUAAGAUGAAGUAACAUAAGCUGAAUUAAGAUAGCAAAAGAUAAUAGAAAAGCAAAGUGCAACUGAAUCUAUUUUUACUGCAAAAUUAGGAGAAAUAAAGUUAAUGAUGCUUACUACUAUGCCUAAAGAAACUGCUAACAUUAAACUUCACAAAAAUCAACUAGUUAAAACUACCUUAUUUCACUUGAGAGAGAAGGAUAACGAUGAAAGUAAGAAUUGGUACUGUACUGGUAAAAACUUUGCAAACUGCAGAAGUGGAUACGGCGAAAAUGAAUGGAGAACUGUUGAUGAUGAAAAAAUUUUCCAUUGUGCAUAGUGCAAAUUCGAUCUCUGUGCUUUCUGCUCACUUUAUUAUACCCAAACACAUAUACAUGAACUUAAAGAGAUAACUUUUGCAGAAUUAAAAGUGGCUGAACCAGCCUACACCACUUGGGCUUGCAAUGGUCGUGCUUUCCCUAGCUGUACUGAUGAAAGGUACAGUCAUGAAGAUCCCUAUGAGUAUCUCUGGGCUGACUAUGAAAACUUAACCUAUUUCUGCAAUGCCUGUGUCAAGAUUAACAGAGUAAUAAAGGCUUGA